GAAACCGAAAUCAGAUCCAUCAAACUUCUCGAUUCCAACCUUUGAACUCUCCAUCUUCAGUGAUCGUGUUGAUUCUCCUGAGCUCUGAUACCAGUUGUUAGGAUCAAAUCAAGAACACUCACAGAAAUCCGAUGAAGAAGGUGAAGAAAAAACGAGAGAGUAAAAGUAGAGAGAAAGUGAAACACGUGAAAUAACGUGGUAACACCCCGUGACAUUUGCGCUUACAGUAUGACGAGCUGUUUCCUGCACUGUUCAAUGAUCAUCCCGAUUUAUUUCCUCCCGAGUUUUACACUUGGGAGGAGUUUUUAUGGGCCUGUGAACUUUGGUACUCUAAUAGCAUGAAGAUUAUGUUUAGUGAUGGAAUGCUAAGGACGUGCUUGAUUCCUAUCGCUGGAUUUCUCAAUCAUUCGACAUCUCCGCACAUUCUACACUAUGGAAGGGUAGAUUCCACCACGAAUACCAUAAACUUUCCUUUAUCAAGACCAUGCAGCACGGGAGAGCAGUGUUUUUUAAGCUAUGGAAGUUUGUCAAGUUCUCAUCUACUUACUUUCUAUGGUUUCUUACCACAGCUAGUAAACCCGUAUGAUGUUAUUCCUCUUGAUAUUGACACUGCCAUGGAUGAGGGCGAUGAGGAUGGGGAGCUGGCACCUGAGUGGACAUCGCAUAUGGUAAGGGGUACAUGGUUUUCAAAAAACCAUGGAAUCUUCCAGUAUGGAUUGCCAUUUCCAUUACUAGAUCAUAUGCGCAAAGCCCGGAAUCCUUUGUUCACAGCAACCACCCUGAUGCCAGAAAACUUGAAAAUUGAACUCGAAAUGCUUGGAGAUCUUUUGCAGACCUUUGAAGUAAUGAUGGAAUCACUUGGGGAUGCGGACGCGGAUGACAUGUCUAACGCGACGUGGGAUGUAAAGCUUGCCUGCGAAUUUAAGAACCUUCAACGGAGAAUUGUCUCCUCCAUUGUAACAUCAUGUAAAACUGGAUGUGAGUUGCUUGAAUGUGAACUACAGAAGCAUUUACGCCGCUCCAUUGUUGUGGACAUAUGAACUUGAGAGGCCAACAACAACAUUUUGUCAGACUAGGUAGGGAAUCAUAGAUAUUCUUUCCAGAAAUCGAUUCGAGUGAUGGAAUUUUAUCCACCGAAAUAACAUCAGAUCUGAGAGCAAAAGUAAAGGCAUGCCUUUUGAGUUGAAAUUUUAUAGUUGGAUGUUCUAAUAACCGGCCGGAAAGAGUUGGAAGAAAUUGAAAGAGGUUCGAAUAAACUGGAAAGAAUUAG